AUGGUUCGCUUCUCUCUUGCCGCAGCAUUCUUCGCUGCUUCUGCCCUUGCAAUCCCCAACCCCCUGACGCCAGACCCAUCUGGUGACAAGAACGUCGGCAAUGGCAACGGCGUCCAGUUCAUCGGCGGAGCCUGCCUCAACAGCAAAGACUGCGCGUCGACCUGCUGCGCAACCCUGAACGGCGCCGGCAUCUGCUCCGGACUCGGAGCUCAGUUCCAAGCAGGCAAAACAGGAUGUGGAUUCGGUGAUGGUGGCGCUGCUGCUGCCCCUGCUGCGUCCCAAGGAGCAGGUCAGGCCACACCGUCCAUGGAGGCAGCCGCUGGGAGUGGAGGCGGCGCCGGAUCAGGGACAUCGUCGAACGUGGGUGCCGGUAACGGCCAGCAGUUCAUUACGGGGCAGUGUUUGUCUGACGCGGACUGCGCCUCGGGCUGCUGCAAUGGUCCCAAGGGUGCUUGUGCCGCCAGAGCCGUCGCAACAGAGAAUGGCAAGGCGGGGUGCGGCUUCACCGGCACGGGAGCGGGUGCCGCCAUUACCUCCACCGGCGGCGGCGCCGCGGCUAAGGCUGCGGCGCCGCCUCAAACUGCUCCGUCUGCAGGUGCAGGUGCUGGCUCUUCGGGCACUCCUGGCUCACAGAAUGUUGGCAAAGGGAAUGGGCAGCAAUUUAUUACCGGCCAAUGUCUGUCGAACACGGACUGUGUUUCCGGAUGCUGUGCCGGGCCCAAGGGAGUUUGCUCGGCGACGGCGGUUGCUAAUGAGAGCGGGAAAACUGGAUGCGGAUUCACGGCGGCAUAA